UUAUUGGAUUUUCGUUCACAUAAAAGACAAAUGUAUCAUCGCAAAACGUCAAUUCAAAAUGAAUACUCGAAUUGUAUUAUUCUGUCUAACUGUUUUCUUUAUUCGAAAUUCUCUUUCGGCAGAAAGUAGUUCAGAGAAAAAAAUCCCACCAGCAAACAGUGUUGAUUCCAACAAAUCAUUAUGUAUCACUCAUCUAAAAAUAUUUGAAACUUGCAUAGACGGACUUCAUAACGCGUACAAAAAGAUCAAUGAAGAAGACUUGAUUUCUGGUAACAUUAAUAAAACGAUAACGUUGAAACUUGAAUUGUAUCACAGUUCAUGUUUCAAGUAUGCUCUUUGCCUAAAUUCGGCUGUGAAUCAAACAAUUCAAAACUUUGUGACAGUAAUGGAUGAUAACAUUGAUCAAAUUUCGGACGACUGCAUUCAUCCUAAAAACAACGCUAUAGAAAAUUGCAGUACAGAGGACCAAUUAUUCAAAGAAUUCGCUGCAAAGGCAGGUUACAGAGCCAUUUCUGUUCUCAACGAUUAUGUCAAAGAAGUACAACAAAAAACGAAAGGUGCUUCAAGAUUCAGUCUUUUUCUUUCUAUCUGUGUAACAAUGAUAACUUUGAAAUUUUAUUUGUUGUAAUAAAUUUUCAAGCGAAAAAAUCAACCUUGAUAAUAAUAAAGAGUAAAUAAAGUUUUCCAGUCUUCUUC